CCCCUCCUCUUUUUGUUGUGGGCAGAUCCCGAGCAUCCAGCUUUUGGCCCAGACCGUGACCCCGAGCAGUUAAGUUCAGACCAUCUUUGCCGACUCCGUUACACGCCAGUCGCCGCGAUGAUGCGGCAUUUGCUUUUGGCCCUCGCGGGUUUUAUUUACGUGACCUAUGCUUCAAGAAUGGCCCCCGCGUUUGCGACGAUUGUCUCUCCGAGGACGGUUGACAGCACCAGCUACGACUUCAUUAUCGCCGGCGGGGGCAUUUCGGGGUUGACAGUGGCCGACAGGCUGACGGAAGAUCCCUCAGUAAAGGUCCUGGCCAUCGAAGCGGGACCCUUUGAUCGGGACGAACCCGGUGUGCUGGUCCCAGGCCAGUACAUGCCGGUUCCGUACCUCUGGAUCCCGCUGCCAAGCACCCCUCAGACUGCGCUCAACGGCAGAAGCUUCAAUAUUCCCGCCGGGAAAGUGGUCGGAGGUGGAUCCGUCGUCAACGCCAUGGUGUUUCUGAGGCCCGGAAAAGAGGAGCUCAGGGAUUGGGAGAGGCUUGGGGCAAAGGGGUGGAACUGGGACUCACUCCUGCCCUAUUACAAAAAGAGCGAGAACUCGACUGCUCCCGACCCGAAGUUUGCGCGACGGGCCAACUUCACGUACAUCGACGAGGUUCACGGACACAGCGGGCCAGUACAGGUUUCUUUUCCCAACUUCUAUUACUCUGCCAGUGGGAACUGGUUCGAAGCUGCGGUGUCUUCCGGCAUCAGCGUGUCGGGCGAUCCAAGCGACGGCGACGCCAGAGGCGUGAUCUUCAUCCCAUUUGUUACAGAUCACACCACCCGGACCCGCUCUCACGCCAGGCUGAAUCAUUACACACGCGUCCAGCCACGGCCUAACUAUCACGUCGUACACUCUCAUACCGUCUCGCGAGUUCUCUUCGACAAGCACAAAAAGGCCGUCGGGGUUGAGUACUUACCCACCCAAGGCCAAGGGGGCGCGUUGCUCACGGCCAGAGCCAGUAAGGAGGUUCUCCUAGCCGCGGGCGCGCUGCACACGCCCCAGGUCCUCCAGCUCUCCGGCAUCGGGCCGAAGACGCUCCUGGACAAGCUGAACAUUGACGUGGUCGCCGACCUGCCCGGCGUCGGAGCCAACUUCCACGACCAGCCCAGCCUCCUGAUCCCUUACAACGUCACCAACAACAUCUCGCCAAACCUCGGGUCCCUGUCCGACCCCGCAUACGCCGCCGAAGCACAAAGACUCUACGACGAGAACAAAGCCGGGCCCUACGUAAUCACCCGCGGGCUGAGCACCAACCUGGCCCUCCCCUCCCUGCGCCAAGUCACGCCCAGCAACUGGCAAUCCAUCCUCGCCGCCGCCCGACAGGCCAAUUUCGACGCCUACCUCCUCCCGGACACCCACCCGACCGUGCGAGCAGGCUACAAACUCCAACGAGAACUGACCCUCUCCCAACUCGAAACCGACGAGACACCGGUGCACAUGCUAUCGUGGAACACGGACGCCGAAGCACGCAUCUACUUCCUACGCCCGCUCAGCCGCGGCACCGUCGCCAUCAACAGCACCGACCCGCUGGCGCACCCGCUGAUCGACUUCCGGACGCUGGCCGACCCGGUCGACAUGGAGCUGACGCUCGCCGCGCUGCGCAAGAACAGGGAGGUGAUGGCGCAGCCGAGCAUGGCCGUUCUCGGGCCGAGGGAGGGGGUUCCCUUUGGGGAAGGUAUCACGGAUGCGGAGGCGUUGAAGAGCAUUCUGAGAGGAGUGGUGGAUCCCAGUAGUGCGCAUAGUUGUUGCACGGCGGCCAUGAUGAGGAGGGAAUGGGGCGGCGUGGUGGAUCAGGAGAUGAGGGUGUAUGGCGUGGAGGGGUUGAGGGUCGUGGAUACGAGCUAUUGGCCCAUCGUGCUUACCUCGGCGCCCACGGCGACGGCGUAUGCGAGUGGGGAGAAGAUUGCGGAUGUGAUUAAGAUGGCGUAUGGGUUGGCUGAGUUUAGGAGGGGCAAGUGAGUACGUAUUUACGCUCUGUUGAGGGAAGUUGUUGUUAGGAACUCGGACACGUAAUCUAGGCAAGCACUCGCCACUCGGUGCCUUUACAACACUCUUUGAGCUUAACUGACGUUGGUCUUCUCACCACCUUUUGACCCACCGCGAUGGCUAC